UAAGUGGGUGUGUUCACACAGGGCAUGCAGACAGACAGAUAGUAGGGUUUGUGGCCUCAAGCGAAACAGGCAGGUUACUUUAAGUUAAAUGAAGUGAAAGAAAACUAUAGAGGAAGAAGAAUGUUGCGUAACAUCCAGAAAAAUUACUAAAGAGGAACUUUGCACAACUGCUGUGAGUUCAUCGGGGGAAUGAAAGGAAUUGAUGGAAAUGAAGGCUUUGGCAGCUGUUUGAAAGCAUCAGCGGUAGAUAGACAGUGCUAAGUGAAGAGAGGGUGAGGCACAGAAAAAAAGAGAACUAGAACAGUAAACAAGAAAGAGGGGAGGCUGCUUUUGUGAGUGCUGAUCUAACUGAAGGCUUCCUGUGUCAGCACCAUGGGAAAGUCAGCCUCGAAGCAGUUUGGACAAGAGGUGCUGCAGUGCCACAAUGAGUUCAGAGGGAAGCACCAGGCUCCUCCACUAAAGCUGAGCGGCAAGCUGAGCAAAGAGGCAACCCGUUAUGCUGAGAGUCUGGCCAGCACAAGGAUCCUAAAACAUAGUGUGGAGUCCAGCAGGGGGAGCUGUGGAGAGAACCUGGCAUGGGCCUCCUACGACCAGUCAGGGAAGGAUGUGACAGACCGCUGGUAUGAUGAAGUGAAACAAUACAACUUCAACCGUCCUGGAUUCUCCUCGGGCACGGGCCACUUCACAGCGAUGGUGUGGAAAAACAGCACAAAGCUGGGUGUGGGUAAGGCCACAGCAUCAGACGGUUCUUCCUUUGUGGUGGCCAGAUACUUCCCAGCUGGGAACAUCACUAACCAGGGACACUUUGAGAAUAAUGUCCUCCCUGCUCAAGCCAGCCCCUAAAGAUGUCUGAAUCCCAUCAACUUGACUCGAGCUCCAAGGCAUUUAUUCCAUUUUGAAGUUAUCUGCUCUCACUGAUAAGCAGGAACACCACUUCUUGCGCUGUAGAAGAGCUAUCUUAUAUGGAUUUUAUAAGAUGAGAUGCACUCAGGCUCAAAGUCCUUUGCUUGUAUUUUGAAAAUGGAUCCGGGUAUGUGUAGGUGUUUACAGUGAAAGAAGAAAUGCCGUUUGACAUUGCUAACAAAACCUUUCCAGAUUCCAUAACCAUGACUUUGAUGGUCAUUUAAUUUGCCGAUGGCAGUAUUUCAUUCAUUAAUACCAAUAAAUUCCUCUUUCACACACUGAAAGUUAUAUCUGUGAAUCACAUCUGUAUUUGUGGAAGAAUGGAAUCACCACAUUUACAUGUGAAGUCAUUCCUUUUGAUUGGAAUCAGGGUUAGACUGCAGUGUUCAGUCAAACAGAACACUGCAGUCAGUGACUUUUGUGCUCUAUAACUUGUUCUGUACUAACAGACAUUUAUUUGGGAUCUGUUAAGCAAGAGCGAGAAAAUGCAGAAAAUUGGAGUUGUAUUCAUAAUGGAUUUACUUUUUUAAAUCUCAGUCUGUUACAGCAGUAAAGUGUAACUAUGACUAAUAAAUGAACAUUUUGGACAAUAUAAGUUGUUGUAAAUAUAAACACUGACUAAGGACGAGCUAAAAUAGAUUUUAUUUUAUUGUUGGUAUUAAAGGUUGAAAUAUC